AUGGAUGGCUUACUGGAAGCGUACAGAGAAGCCCUGAGUAGGAUAGAACUAGCUGGGCCUACUGAGUUUAGUCCGACACUUCGUCAUGCUGCUCGACAAGCUGCUUCAUUACCGCCGGAUGGUUGCCGAUAUUGUGUUCUCCUUAUUAUUACCGACGGUGUUAUCAGUGAUAUGAAUAAGGCAAAAGAAGAAAUCGUCAAAGCGUCGUCCCUUCCGUUAUCCAUAAUAAUUGUUGGCGUUGGCUAUGACAGUUUUGAUGAAAUGAAAGUUCUGGAUUCCGAUCGACAGAUGUUGCAGAUUAAUGGAAAGUAUGCAAAACGAGAUAUUGUUCAGUUUGUACAGCUUCGCGAAUUUUUACCGCCUCACCGAGUGCUGACCGAUGACGAUUUGGUCGAAGCCAAAUAUCGCUUAGCGAAAGAAGUUUUGCAGGAG